UUCUGACAUUACCCCAUUAACCAAUAAAACAGUCGUCGAAGCUUGACAAUCACGCUUGUGCAAAAACAUGAAAAUUAGUUAAUUAAAACCACGUAAAUAAAAACCACGGAGACAUGGAAGACGACAAUUCCAUGUCGGAACGAAUUUUACGUUCUCUCGAAACCAUUGUCAACAAUGACCCCAAUCUCAAAGAAUUCGUGGUGGUCCCGGCCGAAGCCAACACAAAAAAUAAAUCUCCCGUGUUGUACGAAGAACACAACAUUGGUUUAGAGUCGUGGUGCGUCAAACACAUCUACCGCUACGCCUAUUUGGAAUUAUUUGAAGCACGAAAACUACUAUUGAAAAAGAAGCUACCGUUUAAUAAAGAACGCAGUUUAAACCACUUGUUGAUAGGGGUUUUGCUAAUAAAUCCGGACGUUUCGACUUUCUGGAACGUGAAGCGGGAACUGGUAGAGAGGGACGUGUUAAGCGUGAAUAACGAAUUGUUAUUUACGAAAUUGGUUUUAUCGUCGAAAAGUAAAUCGAAUGAAGCGUUCGCGUACAGACGGUGGCUGUUGAAUCGGGCGUUGGCGAAACUGCAAAAAAACGACAUGCGAGCGCUCCAAAGUUUGUUCGACGGUGAAAUGUCUGUGUGUGAAAUGGCGGCGGCGAAGAAUGCCAAUAAUUACCACGCAUGGACCCACCGGAUUUGGAGUUUUGAAACGAUCGGACACAGGAUGGCCAAUUUUAGUGUGUUAAUGUUGCGCGAGUUAGAGUUUAGCCAGCAGUGGUUGUCACAACACGUUUCAGAACACACAGGCUACCACUACAGGCAGUACUUGCUGAACGCGGUUAGGAACAGUAAAAAAAUCACGUGCGUGUUUGAAUACUAUUACAGUAAGGUUGUUGAAAGUUUGGGUUUGGUUAACGAGAAUGACCCCAAGGACAUUCUCACGUUACUACUAGGCAAAGAAAAAUCGUGUAAGCCGUUGGAAGAAACGAAUAACUUGAUAAAUUCGUUUUCUUUAUUGUUGUUUGAUUUACACAAUACUGUAGAUAUGUUAAACUCGAUUUUUCCAAAUCAUGAAGCGCUUUGGUACCAUCGGAGAUAUUUGCUGCACCACUUGAUUAAAACUGCGUACGAAUAUCACGGUUUGAGUUUCAAAAUGAACGAAAAACUAGACGACGUGGCUCUACACGGCACAAAUAUCGUCAAUAUGGAAAACUCGGGGUUCAGCGACGGUGAAAAACAACCCAAACUUUUUAAAACCCAACCCAACAGGGUUGAAUCGUCAUUGUUCUAUCAAAGUCUAGUGAAAACCGAAUCUGAGUUUAUCAAGAAAAACUUAACCGGGGCGCUUCACUUAGCCCGAAGAUACGAAAAAUGGUUGCAGUUUGUCUUUUGUAUGAAAGAUGUGUGAUUGUGUAUUUUACAAAUAUUUCUAUUCCACUUUGUACAUUAUUUUUAACUGGCACACUGAUUUCGUGGAGACUGUGCCUCCUGUGCCAAACUCACUGUAGAUUGAACAACUUCAUGCUGUCCAAUAAACUCGUACCAGUGA